AUGCCAACGUUCAGCUUCCUACGUUUACCCAACCUCUUCACCAACGUCGAACCGCACGCUCCUUCAUCUUGGGACGAAGAAUCCCCUGAAGGCAUCAUGCCUUCCGCUGCUGGUACAGCUUGCGAUGAAGCCGAAGAUCUUCAUCCCGCAAUGCCCGGUGCAUUCAAUGACUCUACGGAGGAAUCACAUACAUCACCCUCGCUUUGCGCUCCAUCAUCAAACAACACGCCAGAGUCUUCAACUACUUCCGAGUGCGGUUCGGAUGAUCACGAAGGCAUCAAAAGGAUCACCCUUCGCGAGCUCAUUGAAGACGUCGCCGAGCACACAAUUCAUGAGCACAACACCACUCUGGCGCGCAAUCUGGCUGAACAUCUGGACGGCCGCAUUGAUGAAGUGCUUGCAAGUACUGACAACAGUAUGAAGGAGUUCAUGCGCGUCAUGAAGGGUAUCUUCGACGGAGGUCUUAGUCUUGCCGAAGGCAGGAUGAAGGACGCAACAAGCAAUGCCGAGCAGAAGCUUCAGAACGCACAAAGCACGUUCUUCCUCAAGGCGAAUGCACAAGACAUGAAGACAAGGUUGCGUAAUGAGAUCAACAACGAAAGUCUUCGCUGCAAUGCCGCCCAUGCAUCCCUCGACUCAGCGCUUUCAGACGCGUUGAAACGGAUAACUUCCGUUGAGAUGGAGCAAACUAAGAUACAAUCUCAACUGAAAGAGGCGAAUGAGCUGCGCGCGAAGGACGUGACGACCAUCAUUCAACUCAGGACGGAGCUAUCGAGCGCGCGCGAGGUGAUCGCGGCCUUGAGCUCUGCCGCCGUGCGACGUGACAGCAUGCUCAAUACCAUGAAACUUGACGUCGCGGAGAGCAGCAAGCGGGCCGAUUUCGCGAUGAGCAAAGCGAAGGCUUUGGAAGAGCAUGUCCAGCGAUGGCUCGGAGAAGAGCUUCGCAAGAAGCGAGAGGCCGAAGAGGCUGCGCGUCAGAAGCGUGAAGAGGAGGAGAGGCGGAAGCAGGCAGAUGAGGCGGCACGAUUGGAGCAGAAGAAGAAGAGGGAGGCAGUUGAGGCGGAACAGCGUCGUCGGGAGGCAGAGGCGAGGGAGGCAGAACAGGCAGAGCAGGCACGGCUGAGAGAAGAGGCUCGUCGUGAGGAGGAGGCUCGGGUGAGGGAAGAGGCGCGCUUGAAGGAAGAGGCCAGGAAGGCGCAGGAUGAAAAGCGGAGACGCGCGCAGGAACAAUCACGGCGAGACGCGGAGGCAGAAAGGCAGCGCAAGGCGGAGGAGGAACUGGCCAGAUCCAUACGCGAGGCGCCUAUGCUCGCUCGCUGGGCCUUAUAUCAGGCGCCACAUGCUCAGGGCGAGCUGAGAUUCGAUAACAUCGUGUGGCCGGUAUUUGUUCAGCCAACCGAUUUGUCUGGCCUGACGUGCGGCGCUAUCGAUUACUUCCUCUUCUCGGAGAUACACUCAAAGGAGAGGGAGCCCAGACAGCGCUUCAAGGACGCUAUCAAACGAUGGCACUCCGACAAAUAUGCUGCUAUCGAGUCUCGCGUCAAGUCUUCCCAUCGUGCCAUGGUUAAGCAGGCCUUCCAUGACAUCUCCGUGCAUCUCAAUGCUUUGAAUGCCAGGUAUUCGUAG